AAAAUCCACCGACUACUGUAACCCAAAAACAACAUGUAUGUCCAAAGGAAUUCCUCGGCAAAGACUGUACGUACAAGUGCCGGUGUAAAGACUUAAAAUGCAAAGACAGCUACAAAUGUUUUCAAUCCGGUUGUAAAGAUGGUUAUUUUGGCCCUUACUGCUUGUAUAGAGACGCCAUACCCAUGGCCGAGAAAGUCGAGGGCUUUAACGUCAGCGCCUCAACGUGUAUGGAAACGGACAGAGUGGACAUUGUGUUUAAGGAGAGCAUUUUCUUUAACUUUUUGUGGAUAUCUUCUGACCGAAACGUUUCUGAAAUUACAAACUUUGCGAUAGUUUUAAUGCCCGACGGGAAGCAGACGGUUGAAUGCCUGAACCAGACGAGUAAAGUGGUAGACGGCUCAGCUAUGAAGAUCUGGUGUCUCAACAGAGUCGACGCCAAAAACAUUUCCAUCAAAUUCGAAAAACGUUACCGACUUUGUCAGUUAUACGUGAAUGGAGGUCGAAAUCUAGCACCUGCUGGUAAGGCUGAGAUGCUGUUCGAUGGAGUAAAGGACGACAACAUCGGGUGGUCAGCCAAUAAUCCUGUAAAUCAGAGAUUGGAAGGUUCAGAGAGCUGUAAGCUCAUUAUGGUCUUCAACGAGAGCACCAAGUGGGCUCUCGUGUUUCAACCUCCCGUGGAGAUUUACAGUAUACGUCUGGUUAUAGAGAGCGAAGGUUUAACAUACACAGGGUUUCAACUGAGGUUACAAUCCAGCGACCACACCACGGAUUUCGUCUACAACUCCACCACCGAAUUCCAGGCUGAGCACAACAUUAAGGUCCACAAUGCCUCACGGAUAGAGCGCGCUGAGUUUCUAGUAAAAACGUCCCUAUUUCUGUGCAAAUUUGAAGUGUUUGGGGGUAAUUAUUAA